AGUAAACCGGGAACAUGUUAUUUACAUGUGCACAGGCAAUUGAAAUGAAAUAAGAGAUUUUGUCGGUAAAAAAAAUAAAAUUAAAAGGGGCCGCAACUACCGGAUAAUUGCAAAAUGAGUGGCAAACCUUACAAAAUAGGUGAGAACGCCACCCUUGGCCGGUACUUGGUCGCAACGCGAGACAUUCUCGCUGGAGAAAGCAUCAUUGACGAGCUUCCAAUAGUCACCGGACCAAUUUGCGACCAGUUAAAAAUCAUCCCAGGCGAAGUUGGAUCUUGUCUCGUCUGUUGUGUUAAAAUGUUUCAAAGCACGUACGUCUGCACCAUAUGUGGACUGACCUUAUUUUGUUCCGAACCUUGUGGAAAGGAUGAAUCGCAUCUCGCCCAAGAAUGCAAAGUGAUACAAAAAUUAAUGGUUCGGACCACUCUAAAAUUUCCAAGUGCAAAAGAACUGCACAAUUUCGUUUUGGUAAUCCGUUGUUUACUGUGUCGUGUUCAAUGUGAGUCGAAAUGGAGUCAAAUCCAGACCUUAGAGUCAAAGGUGAACGAGUUGGAGAAACUCGGCGCUUUCAAGGAGAUUUCGCCUUUAUUUGACCUUUUAAAUUGGGAGGACUUUGAUUUUGACUCGACAGAAAGUAUUACAGAUCUUGCGAAACAUUGCCUCGGCGCUAUGAUUACGAAUGCGUUCAGUAUUUUUCUGCCUUCUUUCUCCCGACAAGGACUUUACUUCUUAUCUUCGUAUAUGUCGCAUUCAUGCCGGAUGAAUACGGAUCGACAGCUCCACCCCAAGAAGGAUGGGAGGAUGGUGACCAGAGCGGCGAGGCUUAUCCAGGCUGGAGAACCUAUAACCACAUCUUAUCUUGCUUGUCUUAGUGGGACGCAUGAACGGUGGGUGGAGACGACGACGGGAUGGAGGUUCACGUGUCGAUGUGACCGAUGUACAAACUCCGAACAUGAAGUUGGGACGCACGUAUCCACGAUAAGAUGUCCCCGUUGUGGAGAGCUUUCACUAUGCCCUAGUGUAAAAAUUAGUGGGGAAGAUGGAUUAAAUUGGGCUUGUGUAGGUCAAAAUAAGAGCUGUAAUUAUGGCAUUGUUCAAUUAAAUUAUGCCGACACUACGGAUGAGACUUUCCCCUGGAAAAUAGUGCAAUAUAUGGAAAACAUGAAGCCGAAAGAUGUCAACAAUUUGGACGAAGUGGAAGCAUGGUUGGACAAAUAUUGUGACAAAUGUGAUGAUAAGGACAGACUAAUUCAUAAGGAUCACUGCCUCUUUAUCCAGGUAAAGUUGUACCUGUUGCAAUGCUAUGGGCGGAAUUUGGAGGGUGGGAUAACUUCGUUGGAUAACGUUAGACUUGUGAGAAAGUUGAAUUAUUGCGAAGAUGUGCUCAAAAUUGUGGAUAUCUUAUUCAAAGGACUAUACGAAAUGAGAGGUGUCAUCCUCUUUGAGAUGUGGCUAAGUCUGAGGGAAAUUCGUCAAAGACAGGAAAAUUGUCAGCUAGCAAGCUAUACUGACGAGAAUAAUCAAUUUGUGGACACUUCCGACGCCAAGCUUUCCAAAAUCAGUCACGAUUCUGUGGAAAUAUUAAAGUACAGUUUUCCAGAUUCACAGGAAGCAUUAAUGUUAGAAAUUAUGCAGAAUUAUUAUUCGCAAUAAAAAGUAUUUUCAAAUUAAAUUCGAAA